UCUCCAUCUCCGACACAGCUCAUCGCGUUUAGCCGAAAAAAACAUAACACCAUCCCUACCACACCUCUCACCAUCCGACUUCUCCUCUCUCGCUUACCGGACAGACUUGCACACACUCGGAAUGUGCAACGGUACUUCUCAGCGCACAAGUCAAGGCGGUUCCAUCGCUGUGCUACACGCACCUCGCCAUUCUCACACGCCCCAAAGCCAACCAUCACCAGCCGCAAAAGAAAUGACACUCUUGUUCAGUAAUCCACUGUCGAGAAAAGCGGGCACAAGCGUAGAAGUGCAGGGCUUUGAGGAUACUGCACGUGAGAAGGAUGAGGUAGGCAGGGGAAAGGAAAAGUGCUGGAUCGUUAUACAUCGCGACGGGGACUUGUCCUCUAGUACAUCUACUCGGGCACUCACAUGCGCUUCUACGUCGCCCCAAGCGCAUGCAAACGCAAUGUACACGUUUCCUCUAGACGCAACAACGCUCCUGGCUGCAAAGGCGGAGAAUGGGCCAAGGAUAGUACAGUUGCCGCAGAAACUGCAUUUGGGCGUCGGAAACGAAGGCAUCGUGGGGAGGAGAGUGUCGUUUGUGACGUCUAGCUGCUCGUCCGAGUCUUUGGCCGAGAUGAGUGGAGGAGUGGGAAUGACGACGCUGGCCGAGGGGAUUGUUGGGUGGAACUGAUCGAGUUUCUUGCUGGCAGUCUGGUCAUCCUGAGGCCAUGUGAGGAGGGGGAAGAGAAAGGGGGGUUUGCAUGAUGCUAUGGCGUUUUGGAUGGGAAUUUCAAGCGAGGGGCUAUCUGGGGCGGGGUUUCCCAUUUGCCAUCAUGUCCGGUAUGCCUGGAGGGUUGGCAUUA